AUGAGUCUCGUUAAACAAUUAACUAGUGAUUUAACUAUCCUUUCGACCGAUUCUAAAAGAAAAUAUGCAGCCAUUCGUGCUGCAUCUGACAAAUCCCUCAGCAUCCUCAAAUCGUUCCCCAUUCAUUCUUCUAUUGACCAAGAAGGUGUGGUUACUUCGAUUCAGACUCAUCCAGAGUUUAUUGAUCCUUUUAUAUUGUCCUGCCAGUCUAAGAAUUCGAAGUUGAUUACUGUGUCUCUGAGUGCAUUGAGCCGACUAGUCUUAUCUCAUGCGCUUCCCUAUGUAAAGCUCGACGAGGUCAUCAGUGCUCUCCAGGACGCUACUCAUUCUUCCACUGACAUCCAACUUAAGAUACUCCAGAUUUUACCCUCAUUGUUUGAAAUCUAUGCUAUGGAAAUCAAUGACAAAUCUCUUUCCAAUCUCUUAUAUGUGUGCACAUUACUUCAAAACUCGACGAAGACUCCAUCCAUCAUCAAUACCGCUCAAGCCACCUUCUCACAGUUAAUGAAUACGGUGUUUGAGAAGGUGAGCAGGGAAAGUGUACAGAUCCGUGAAGAUGAUAUUGACUCCUCUCCACGUUAUACUGUGGCUAUUGAUGACGACAAAACUGUUAAGGUAUAUCUAUGUGCCUACGACGCUCGAAGAGUAUUCAACGAUCUAUGUACUCUUAUUGAGCAUCACAAGCCUUCAUUUUUGAAAACAAAUUACAUGACUGAAGAUGAUGGUUUUGAAAUGCUUGAAAGUAUUAUACAGAACAACCAGCAGGUGUUGCUAAGCCAUGUCGAAUUAGCCUAUCUAUUGAGGGUUCGAGUUGCUCCUAUCUUGCUUCGGUUCAUUUCUUCGUGCAACGAUUUUACUUUGAUGGUCAGAGUUUCCAGAGUGGCCUACUUGAUGAUUUCUAAAGUAUUGGAUAUUACGAAGAUCGAGUCUGAGGUUACCUUAUCCCUUCUUACGCACUUGAUCUCCAAAGAGUCCCAAACUCCUGUCUGGAAGAAAAUAUUUUGCUUAGAGAUAUACUCUUCACUAACUAAGGAUUUCAGAUUGGCUGAGAAGAUGUUCAAUGAGUAUGAUAACAAUAAGGAGGAGGAGAGGCGGACCGUUCUCAGCGACUUUCUAGUUGCAUGUCUUGAGAUUAUGAAUGACAGCCGAAGCAAGUUGAACACUGGUGAUAUAGUCCAGCCUCCACCUUCUCAAAGAAAUGGUCACAAUCAGAAUGAUAAUUCUUCAGGUGCUCAAUAUACAUCUCUAUCUAUUACACAGGGUUCAGCAUUGUCAACGCCGUCCACAGUAUCACAGCUCACAAACCAAGAUCCUACCAUUUUCUCACUGCAAAAAUCUACAGCCAAACAAAAAUAUAUGGAUUCAAUAGACAAGCCGGAUCCUCCAGAAGUUUCAUCUACCUACGAUAUUAGCCUAAUAUGCCAAUCUAUCACUCAUAUUUGUGAUGGCAUUUAUCGAAGAUCUAUCGAGAUUGCAAAGAGUCAUAACGCACUUCAUUCUUACUCUUCUGAUAGCGGUAUCCCUUUCCUAAGUGAUGAACUACUCAAAGGAGAAUCAAGUAAGGACAUUCACGCUGCAUAUGCGUCUAUUUAUUCCUUCACUGAAAAUAAUUGGAUGACAUUGCAAUCGACUAUUGAAAUUAUAUUACAUUCCACCUUGGAUGAUGAGACAUUCUCUCAAAUGGCCAGAUCCCUUCAGAAGCUUUGCCGUGCCUCUGGAAUUCUCUCUGUUGAAAAUGCCAAAGAUAGCAUUCUUAAAGUAUUUGCAGGUUUGACUAUAAAUCUCACAGGAAAGUUGGGCUAUCAAAAUAAGGUCGUGUCGUUUGGAGAGAGUAUUGCUGGUACUAUCAGCUCUGCUAUUGGACAGGCCGUAUCAAAUAUGUCUCAUAAUAGUUCAAGACCAUCAACAGAUACUGUUAAUCGUCAUAGCAUCGGCAGUAUUGAGAAGAUGUACUCUCGCAACAUCAAUUCAAGACAAACUAUCUGCUUCCGUGCUUUGAUAAAUUUGUCUAUAUCCCUAGGUGAAAUAUUAGAGGAUAGUUGGAAUACUGUUAUGAUUACUCUUCAAUGGGUUAGCUAUUACAUCGAUGGCCCAUCGGGAUUCAGUGUUAAAGAUGUUCCACCAAUUUCACCCUUUCUAGAUAACAACGAUCUUUCGUUAAUUUCGGCAUCCUUAGAGAAAUUUAUGACUGGGCUUGAUGGUCAACCUCCUGACGUAUUUAUGAACAUCUGUAAGUCAUUGAUUCAUCUUUCUGAUUCUAUAUUAUAUGUGUCAGCCGAAUCUGAUAAUCAGUUUGGACGUAUGCCUGUUUGUGCAGAUGGUGUGAUGAUGCCUUGCAUCUAUAAUAAACAGUUUUACAUGAACAGACUUUCAGACAUAUGCGAGGUGAAUCCUUUGAAAUUUUUAAUCAAAAGAACAGAUUGUUGGAAACUGGUCAAUUCCUUUUACACCAGGCUUUCUUGUGAUAGAAGCAUUGAUGACGAAACUAGGCCACUUCUUUCAAGAAAUUUCGAUACGAUAGUGAAGGCUGUUGCGGUUGCUGGCUUUGGCGAUGAAAGUGCUGACACGGAAGAUGAGUUAAAGAAAGUGCGUUCAGUUACAGAGAUGGAAGUUUUAACUGCUUUGAACAGCUAUCUGACCAAAAUCUCCAAUCUUCCAAUUCCAAGUGAACUUCUUGUGAUGAAUCAAGAGAUCCAAAUGGUACUUCAGGUGUUGAACACUUUGAAAAUCAUUAUUGAUAGAUUUGGUAAUAAGAUCCGAGACGAAUGGGUUGUGGUGACAUCAAUGCUUAAUUUUCCUUUUGAAAUCAUCAAUCGAGCCAAUUCUGAUAUGAUUCAAGAAAGCACUACCAAGGCGAUGAUCAUUUCUCUUCUUAGGUCAUCAUUUGAAACCUUGAAAGUUAUCUUGGAUGAAAUUUUGCAAAGUAUUCCUAGUAAACAGAUUCAGGCUAUCAUAGAUACUUUGUAUAACUUUGUUUGCCAGCAGUAUGAGUUGAAUAUUUCAUUCAAUGCUUCUAGCUAUUUUUGGUUGAUUAGCGAUUAUUUGAAGGAAAAAUUAGAUUCUCACCAGCCUGAUGAAUCAAGAUCUUCAACUCUUAUCGAGAGCUCGAUCUCAUCCGAGGAGAAACUUGUCGAAGCGGUCACUACCGGCUUUUCUGAAAUAGAGUCCAAUCAUUUGGAUUACUACAGAUGCUUGUGGCUCUACCUACUUCUCAAGUUGGGAAAUACUACUGGAGAUCAGCGGGCACAGGUAAGAAAUGGCUCCAUAAUUACUUUUUUCAAUGUUGUCGAUUCCUACGCUGAUGAAAAUCCGUCAUGGCUUCUCAUUUACAAAAUUGUUCUUGAACCGGUAAUAUUACAAAUCCUACCUGCUACCUCUGUUCACGUUUCCUCCAGAACAGUCCAGAAAGAAUGGAUCAAAACUUUAACAGACGUCGCCAAUGGAUUAACCAAACUUUUCACGCAGUAUCUCUGCCAGUUUUCCGAUAAAGAAGAUGAGCUCUCUCAUCAAAUUAUGUUUUGGAAUGGCUACACUGAUUACAUGUCCAAGUUAGCUGGACUGGACCCAAGUUGGAUCUCCCUUAACACCCGUAUUUUUGAAAACUUCAACUCUGUGUUAGAUGUCUUUGAGUCUGGUAAUUUGAGAUCAUCUGUGCCAGUGGAUGUAGUGGAGGGAUUGUAUAAUUUUUGGGUCAACGUGAAGAUUGUUUACAGUCUGACUGAUGACACGUUUUAUGAGGAUUCUUUGUGUUCAUUUGCUUCUGCUUUUCCUGCACUAUUCAGAUUGGUUCAGUCAGUACAAACCAUCCCUAAAUUUGAAAGGAUGCUGAUGCAGCUAAAUACUUGUAUCAGAUUUCCUGUCCUAAUUGCUAGCAGGAAGGAUGAUGAGAGAUGUAACAAAAUUCAAUGCGUGGUUCUUGAUGAUUUGGAACCGAUGUCCUUUUCAGACUAUCGGUACAAUUCGCUAUUGAUUCAACAGUUGGCAUCAAUAGUUACCUUACCUUUCUCCACUAAGGAUCUUAUUGAAAGUAAGCUAGGUGCAAAGGGUGUAAGAAUACCAUCUUUCAAAGCUGCUAGUUACCGUGCGAUUGGGUUGUUAAAGAAGCGGUUGGAUGAUAUUACCGAUCCAUUGCCAUACUUGAAUGAUAGGAGUAUUUUGAAGAUAUUUGAUCUUCUCCUUGAACCUUGCCAACUGAAGAGCGAUGAGAGGAUAGCAAUUAAGAAUGGCUACAUCUGGAUGGAGAGUGUAGAAAUUUUGUGCAAUCUUUCUUACAAAGUCUGUGAUUAUGUUAUAUUUAGCGGAGCAAGGUCAGAUAUCAAGGAGGACGUGGAAAGAAAGAUAUGGCCCAAGAUACUUGAAGUUUUCAAAACUUGUUUUAUUGCCGCAGGUCAACAUCAAUCAUCUGAAGAGGACUUCGACUGUAAAGUUUACAACGGUCUCAAAGAGAAACUUGUUACGCUCAUUCGUUCUGAAUCGAAUUCUGCUCAUGGUCUUGAUGCAGAUGCUUUCAUCAAAACAAUAUGUGAAUCGUCAUUCUUGUAUCAGCUAAACGAGGUUGACUGUGAAAUCUUACUGAUUUCUGGCUCUUCUAAAAACAUACCUAAGAGCAUCACCACCAACCGAGUUAAUCGACCUUUUGGUUCAACGCUACCAACUCGUCCUGUUUCUCGUUUAAAGAUUGCCAAAUUAUGUCUAAAGGAUCUCAUUGCAUUGUCAGUACCGGGUGACGGAAAUUUAUACUCGGUUUCCUUUGACUAUUUUACAGCACGAUGCGCAUUUUCUCUGGAUAAAUAUCUUUCCGACCAGCAGCUACUCAACGGAAAGCCGGUUCCCAGAGUUCAACAAACAGAAAUUAAAAUUUUACUCGAAGGUUUACUUCAAGUUCUUGAGGCAUCAGAUAAGUACAGCAUCGAAAGUAGUCAAUUUGUUCAUUCAAGACUUUCUAUACUCUAUCCAGUUUUAGUUGGAAUGAUUGGAGCUUCCUCUAAGGUUAUUGGAUUGCAAGACCGUUUGGUUUCGGUGUUUAGGGAACUCGGUAAGUAUGAAACUGCUAAAUAA